UUUGGAUUAGCCGGAGCCGGCUCGCUGCUCGGCCGCCGCUCAUGGUGGACGCGCGCGGCUCGUCCGGAGGAGCCUGAGCGGGCCCGGCGGCGGCGGCGCCAUGUCGGUGGACAUGGACGAGCUCAAGCACCAGGUCAUGAUCAACCAGUUCGUGCUCACGGCGGGCUGCGCGGCGGACCAGGCGAAGCAGCUGCUGCAGGCGGCGCACUGGCAGUUCGAGACGGCCCUGAGUGCCUUCUUCCAGGAGACAAACAUUCCCUACAGCCACCACCACCAGAUGAUGUGCACUCCUGCCAACACCCCCGCCACGCCCCCCAACUUCCCCGACGCCCUCACUAUGUUCUCUAGACUCAAGGCCUCCGAGAGCUUCCACGGGGGUGCACCAGGGAGCCCCAUGGCGGCUGCUGCCACAUCACCGCCACCUCACUUGCCCCACGCCACCACCGGCAGCUUCACAGCACCCAACUGGCCUGCUGCAGCCUCGCCCCCUGGGGGCCCACAGCACUAUCCGCCGCCACCGCAGCAGCAGCAGCAGCAGCAGCAGCCCCUGUGGACUCUGGCGUCACCCUCCCCGGCGUCAGACUGGUCACCCCUGGCCCCCCCGCAGGCCGCGGCAGAAGCCAGGGCCCACCCUGCCAUGGAGGCCGAGAGAUAAGGGCGGCCCUCCCCCUCCCGGAGCCCAGACCCCUGGGGCGGGGGAGUGGACGUCUCCCUGGGCCCAUCACCCUUCUCCACUGCACCCAUAAGCAGCAGCGGGCACAGUGGAGGGAGCCAUGGACAGAAGCCGAAGAUCAGCCCGCC